GAGACGGGGGGGAAGACUGCUCGGAGAUGGUGUUAUGGUUUCUCUGCAAGCUUGUUGACACUUUUACAAGGACACUGUCAGCUUCUGUGUUCUUACAGAGAGAGAAGGGAGGAACUGUUUGAUGGACAGCUGGGGCUCAGCACGGUGAGAUAAGGAGGAGGUCCGCUGAUAGACCUCCAGACACAUGUUUUUGGACACUGAAUGAGCUUUGUUGUGUCCACAGAAAAAGGUGGGCUUUGGAGGAUCGAUCAGGAGCAUCGAUCAGUGGCUCUCGCAGUGUGAAAAGGCUGUGACCUUUGGGGAGUUAUUCGUGUGUCCAUCCCUCGCCUGGGUUAAUAACUCCACCACAGAAGAACGGUCCCGUUUGUAGUGGUCACAGUCGGUGACUUCCAAAGGAUUUCGGAGGACGAAGGGACUAUCGACGGCGUCAGCUUACCUGAAGACUCAAAACUCUCCCUCUCUCUCUCUCUCCAUCACUACCCGACUCAAUCCCACGAACUGAACCGAACUUCACUCAUCACCGUAAGACGGUAUCCAUUCACCCCGAGGCGUGAAGAAGCUUGGCUUUCCUAUUUACACACACACACACACACACACACACACACACACACACACACACACACACACACACACACACACACAAUCAUUGCUAACCUGUUUGAUAUAUCUGCAUUUAUAUUGCUGUAUAGCGUAGUUACUAAGAAAGGGAAUGUAGAGAGAAGGCAAUUACGAAGAAUUCCACACACAUUCCACGCUGGGUAAACGAAAUCACAGUCGCCGAAGAUCUUAUCCGUCGAUUAGUUCCGAAAUCCACUUAGAAAUAUCACCAGGUGACAGUGACAGGAAUAUCGUUUCCAAGUGGUUACCACAGAACACCCCGAUUCCAGGUUAAAAACAAGAAGGAAUUUGUCUCCAGGAAGCAAAAACAUGACACGCCAGUUUUGUUGUCUCUGUCUAUAUAUUUAAGAAGUGGAGCAAGGGAUUCAACCAACCAUCCUUCCUGUUCAGACUGUGGGGAGGGAUUCACUCGGUUAACUGACCAACUGGCACACCCGUCAUUUUACACAGGAGAAAGGCCGUUCACCUUCUCAGACAGUGGGAAUGGAUUCACUCGGUCAUCUCAACUGAAGGUACAUUAACAAGUUCACACUGGGCAAGGCCAUUCACCUGUUCUGUGGGUGACAAAGGAUUCACUCAGUAUUCCCACCUGUGGACACACCAGUCAGUUCACACCAGGCAGAGGCUGGUCAUCUGCUGAAUUUCUGGGAAAAGAUUCACUCAGUCAUCUGACUUAAUGGCUCACCAGCGAGAUCACACCAGGGAGCGGCCAUUCACCUGCUCAUUCUGUGGGAAGAGAUUCAUUAAAUCAUCCCACCUGCUGAGUCAUCAGCGAGUUCACACUGGGGAGAAGCCGUUCGCCUGCUCAGAAUGUGGGAAGAGAUUCACUGAGUUAUCCAACCUACAGAAUCAUCAGCGAGUCCACACUGGGGAGAAGCCAUUCACCUGCUCAGAAUGUGGGAAGGGAUUCAGUCAGUCAUCCCACCUGCAGAGACACCAGCGAGUUCACACUAGGGAGAAGCCGUUCACCUGCUCAGAAUGUGGGAAGAGCUUCACUCACUUAUGCAACCUACAGAAUCAUCGGCCAGUUCACACUGGGGAGAGGCCAUUCCCCUGCUCAGAAUGUGGGAAGGGAUUUACUCAGUCAUCCAGCCUACUGAGUCAUCAGCGAGUUCACACAGGGGAGAGGCCCUUCACCUGCUCAGAAUGUGGGAAGGGAUUCACUCAGUCAUCCCAUCUGAAGGUUCAUCAGCGAGUUCACACUGGAAAGAAGCCGUUCACCUGCUCAGUCUGUGGAAAGGGAUUCACUGAUUCAUCCACCCGGCAGAAACAUCAGCGAGUUCACACUGGGGAGAAGUCGUUCACCUGCUCAGAAUGUGGGAAGGGAUUCACGGAUUCAUCCUGCCUACUGGUACAUCAUCGAGUUCACACUGGGGAGAAGCCGUUCACCUGCUCAGAAUGUGGGAAGGGAUUCACUCAGUCAUCCCACCUGCAGAGACAUCAGCGAGUUCACACUGGGGAGAAGCCCUUCACCUGCUCAGAAUGUGGGAAGAGAUUCACUCAAUCUUCCACCCUACAGGCACACCAGCGAAUUCACACUGGGGAGAAGCCGUUCACUUGCUCAGUCUGUGGGAAGGGAUUCACUCAGUCGUCCCAACUACUGGCUCACCAGUCAGUUCACAAUGGGGAGUGGCCAUAGUUAUGAAUCCCUGGGUUUCGUUUGCUGUGGACUGUCAUUUUAAGAGAGAUCAAGAGAUUAAGAAGGUGGAUCAGUCUGACUUGCAGCUUGUUUACAUCACUCGCAGCUUGUUUACAUCACUCGCAGCUUGUUUAGUUUUAACCGAGGACACAGACACUCAGAGUCAGACGGAGACGAACUAGGGAAAAUUGAAGGAUCGAAACAAGGGAACUAGUGGCCAAGGGUCACUGUUUGGAACUUUCCUAUGCACACAAGGGUGGGUUAAUUAUCGAUUCACCGUACAUCGAAUGUGUAGUUGUCACCUCGUUUGAUCCAUAGGAGUGGAUCUGAUUUGGGGUGUCCUGUGAAAACCACUGAUGUGUUAACUCUUGCCUGGGUGUGGUGUGGUAAUUCACUUGAAGACGAAACCCAUAGUGACAAGUCACUUUCGGUGAUAAAUCGUAUGAGAGUUUGGAACGACGACAAAUAAAAUCUACAGCGACUGUUCUCUCGUUUUUCCACCAUGGAACCUGUGGAAUUCAACAUAAUUGCCUUCUCUCAACAUUUACCCUGGAUUACAAAUAUCUCUCUCAUCACCUAUUCCAUGGAUGAACUGCACUUUCAUACUGUACCAUCCCAAUACUCCAAGCCUUGUUUCCCCCGAGCUCAAUAGUUUGGGAGUUUUAUUUAAACACAUAUAUACACAUAACACUGUUAACUUUUGUUUAUCUUGCUUUAGUUACUAUAUUACAAGUAGAUUCUAAUACAGAUAGUUUUAAGAUCAAAAACAGACUCCAGGUAUAGUCUAUUGCUGCUGGUUCGUUUCUAAAACGUUAUGAUUCGUAACAAAAUUGGGGCCUGCAUCCAGUAUAUGAACAGAUUUGGGGGUGUAUUCAUUCAUUAUCAAUUUCAUCCCUUUUCAUUUAUUGGUGUGUGGAAAAUCAGCAGCAAUGGAUGCUGAUAGAUGUCUGGAAGCACCAACCUCUGAGGCAUUAGAGGGCGUCAGAAGGAUUGAGUUGUUGAGUCUUGCUAGAAGGUUAAAACUUGCUAUGUUGAAAUUGACAAUGAGGAGGGCACGGAUGCAGAGGGUGAUAGCUGAACAUUAUGAAUUUGAGGGUGUGUUUAAAGUGGAGGAGUUGGAGGUGUUUCCUGAAAGUAAACCUAGUGAGCUUGAGCUCCAGUACAAGUGAGAAAAAUUAAAGCUGGAGGCUGUGGAAAGGCAGAGGCAGUUUGAGGCUUGAGAAGCAGAAAAACAGAGAAGAGGCAGAAAAAUAGAGGGAGGAAACAGAAAGACAGAGGCUAUUCGAGCUGGAAAAGAUAAAGAGGUUGCAGCAAAGGAGUCCAGCGUUGGUCUCUGGUGAUAAAUUUGAGGCCAGUUGGGAAGUUAAAUUGGUCCCUCAAUUUGACGAGGCCGACAUUGAUAAAUACUUGCAGCAUUUUGAAAAGGUUGCUCAGAGUUUAAAGUGGCCAGAAGAGGUUUGGCUUAUUCUCUUACAAAGUGUAAUUCAGGGGAAGGCUCAGCAAGCCUAUUCUGCUUUGAUUGUUGAUGAAGCAGCUGAUUGUGACAUAGUGAAACAGGCUGUGCUCAAAGCUUAUGAGUUUGUCCCAGAAUCAUACAGGCAAAAGUUUAGAAAUUUGAGGAAAUCUGUGAACCAGACUUUUAUGGAUUUUGCUUAUGAGAAGUCUGUGUGUUUUGACCGCUGGUGCACAUAUAAAAAUGUGAAUGAUAAUUUUAACUGCUUGAAAGAAUUGGUUUUAAUUGAAGAAUUCUAAAGGUGCGUCCCUGAUGACACAAAGACAUAUUUAGAUGAAAAAGAUGCUGCCACUUUGCAGGACUCUGCUAGAUUAGCAGAUGAGUUUGCUCUAACUCAUAAGGUUAAGUUUAUCCCGAAUAACAGCUUCCAAAAGAGUAGCAGGGAUCACCAGGGUAAACCAGAAAUUAAAGCUGGGACUAGUGACAAGAGUAAGGAUGAAGGGAAACAGUUGAAGGAGAAAUACGCUGGUCUUACUUGUUACUAUUGUAAGAAAGCUGGUCAUGUGAUGGCUGAUUGUUCUGUCCUGAAGAUGAAAAAGGAAAAGGAGGCAGUCCCGAAUGCCUGUGAUCAGUCUGUUGAAGCACCUGUAAACCCACAGGGUUCUGAACAUUCUGUUUGCUUAGUUAAGGUCUGAGAGGUCUGACCAAGUUAAGAAAGUGUUCGAUCAUUUUAUGUCAGAUGGAUUUUUAUUAGUAAAGGAAGGGUGAACCAUAUUUCCAGUGAAAAUUUUUCGAGAUACUGCGGCUUCUCAGUCACUUAUAUUAGACAGCAUUCUAAAGUUUGGUGAUGAGACUAACACUGGUGAGGUAAAUCUUAUUAAAGUCAUUGGGGGCGGCAUGGUUUCCAUGCCAUUGCACAAGGUACCUUUACUGUCAGGGUUGGUUUCAGGACCUGUUGAGAUCGGAUUAUGCUCCAGUUUACCAGUGGAAGAUGUCACUUUGCUGUUAGGGAAUGACCUGGCCGAUGGUAAAGUUGUUCCUGCAGUGCAGUUAACAACUAACCCAACCACUGACGACCCACAGAUGGAUUUUAACAUUUAUCCUUCCUGCACAGGAACUCGAAGUAUGGCUAAAAUGUCUGCCGAUGCGGGAGAGCUUACAGCAGAACAGAACCUAGACCCUGAGAUUGAAGCUUUAAAAGAAACAGCUCUCGCAGAUGAUGAGAUUAAGAAAGUGCCAGCAGGGUAUUAUUUCAAGGAUGGUGUGUUAAUGCGGAAGUGGAGGCCACCUGCUAUGCCAGCAAGUGAGGAAUGGGCAAUUGUUCACCAAGUUAUAGUUCCUUAAGUUUAUAGGGCUGAAAUUUUAACUUUGGCCCACAGUAUACCCUUAGGUGGCCAUUUUGGAGUGAAUAAAACGGUAAACAGGAUUAGGAAAUAAUUCUACUGGCCUAAUCUGUGGAAAGAUGUUACGAGCUUUUGCAGAACCUGUCACACUUGUCAAGUUGUGGGUAAACCUGAUCAGGUCACCCCAGUGCCCCACUGUGGUCUAUACCUGCAUUUGGUGAACCCUUUUCAAAAUUUAUAGUGGAUUGUGUUGACCCAUUGCCAAAGACUAAAGCUGGCCAUCAAUAUCUGCUAACUAUUAUGUGUACUGCAUCCAGAUUCCCAGAGGCAAUACCUCACAGAAAUGUUAAAGCUAAAUUGUGGCGAAGGCUCUUACCAAGUUUUCUACAUUUUCUGCUUUGCCUGAAGAAAUCCAGUCUGAUCAAGGACGUGAUUUUACAUCUGGAUUAUUCCAGCAGGUAGUUUAUGAACUGGGAGCUGAACAAUCUGCUUCAUCUGCAUACCAUCCAGAAUCACAAGGGGCUUUAGAAAAAUUUCAUUCUACCCUCAAAACAAUGAUUAUGACAUUAAAAUGUUGAAAAUGGAAAAGACUGGGAUGAAGGUAUACAUUUGUUUUUGUUUGCAGUAAGAGAGUCUGUACAGAGAUCACUGGGCUUUAGUCCAUUUGAACUUGUAUUUGGUCAGAGAGUGAGGGGACCUUUGACCUUGUUAAAGGAACAGUGGAUUGAUGGGGAUGUACAUGUUAACUUGUUAGACUAUGUUUAGAAGUUCAGAAAUAAACUACAUCAAGCCUGUAGUCUAUUGAGACAAAACCUAAAGAUUUCUCAAAACAAAAUGAAGUGUUGGUUUGAUAAGCGGGCUUGCAAAAGAAAAUAAGGUGCUUGCCUUAUCUCCAAUGUUGACAAAUCCACUUCUGGCGAAAUUCAACAGACUGUAUGAAAUAGUCUCUCAAAUUAAUGAUGUGAAUUAUGUUAUUAAAACGCCCGACUGACAUAAACUAACAC